CAGCAACCCGGCCCUGGAGUCGACUCCUCCGGAUAUUGAAAUAGUGGUCUCACAGUCUUUGUUGCCACCGACCGCCUCACGCUGCUCAACUAAGCACGUUUAAAAAAAUUCCGGUUCUUAGAACGAAAGUGUCACUUUUGGAAGCUCAUUUGCCUUUGAUUUUAUUCUAUGUGGCGUUUAGCAUUUGCCCCAACUCUCAUAAGAAAUCUCCCAUCUAAAAGAACCCCAAUAAACUCCUUCUCCACUGUUUUGUUUUGUGAAAACACUUUGAAAAAAUGCGAAUGCUGGAUUUUGGGGAGCCAUUUUUCUGGGUGGGCUUCGAGUCCUAGCUUGUCUAUAUGGAGAAGAAAGAAGGAAAUGAGCAAAGAGGGUUUGAUGGUGGCUAAGGAGCUGAAGCGUCUCCAAUCUCACCCUCUACGCUUCGAACGCUUCAUCAAGUCCCAUGUGUCUCGGUUGCUCAAGUCAGAUCUCGUUUCUGUUCUCGCUGAGUUUCAGAGGCAGGACCAGGUCUUUCUCUGCAUGAAGCUAUAUGAUUUGGUGCGCAGAGAAAUAUGGUAUCGCCCAGACAUGUUCUUUUAUAGGGACAUGCUUAUGAUGCUUGCAAGAAACAAAAAGGUGAAUGAAGCAAAGUGGGUUUGGGAAGAUCUCAAGAGAGAGGAAGUUUUGUUUGACCAGCAUACGUUUGGUGACAUCGUCAGGGCCUUCUUAGAUAGUGGACUGCCCUCGGAAGCAAUGGAUAUAUAUGAUGAAAUGAGAAGAUCUCCUGAUCCCCCAAUAUCUUUGCCAUUCCGCGUGAUCUUGAAAGGGCUAAUUCCAUAUCCAGAAUUUAGAGAAAAGGUGAAAGAUGACUUCUUGGAGCUCUUCCCUGACAUGAUUGUGUAUGAUCCACCUGAAGACUUGUUUGAAGAUCAAGAAUAGAGAAGGGAAAGUGAACACAAUUAGAAGGCGUUGAUGAUGCAUCUUUACUCGGACUGCCAGAGGCAUUCAUUCUUCAGUAAAGUUUGCCAUCACAAAGGGCUGAAUGAUUUCUUACGUCUUUGCCAGUUGGGAUCAGUUGGCUUUCUCCGGUAGAUAAACAUUAUCCAGGUUGCCAAGUCUCAAUCCUUGAACCAUAUCGGGCAUUGAGGAAUAUCCUCACUAACAGCUCCUA